AUCGUCCAGUACGUCCACUUCCUCCUCCUGAAAGUGACGUGUCUGAACCUAUGAUAGUACUGCCACCGUCACAGCCAUGGCCACCGCGAAGGCGACCACCACCAUUUGGGUAUCAGCUUCCUUCUCUCCAGACCCAUUCUGACACCUACAGCUUGUUUCAGAAUGCAGGUUUGAAAGUUUCCACUAACACCAACAUCAGGAUGCCCUGCUUGACUGAAGAAUUUAUUCCUGUCCGUGAAACUUACAAACACUACAAAGGCCCAGCAGGUCCACUACUCACUGGAGAGUGGAGAUCAAGGGAGCGAAUUAGAGUGGGGAUGGGAUCAAGAGCUCCCGAGAAUUCCCUGGACAAUGCCAUGCCAGAGCCCAUCAUCCAUGAGGAGCCUGCACCACGGGCAUACUUCCCAGAGACAUGGCUGUGGGAUCUGGUCCCUGUGGGCGAGGAGGGCUCCAACAAUGUCCCAGUCACCGUCCCUGACAGCAUCACAGAGUGGAAGGCCGGGAUGUUCUGCACGGCAGAUGUUGGCUUUGGACUUUCCUCCACGGCCACCUUGACAGCCUUCAAGCCAUUCUUUGUGGAGCUGGCCUUGCCAUGUUCUGUGAUCCGUGGAGAGGCCUUCACCCUAAAGGCCACUGUCUUCAACUACCUGCUGCAAUGCAUCAAGGUGCAGGUGACACUGGUGGAGUCUACGCAGUUCCAGGCACAGGCUGGAGAGGAGAGCGCUUACACCAGCUGCCUCUGUGCAGAAGAGGGGAAAACCUUCCAGUGGGAGGUGACAGCCACCAGCCUUGGGGAAGUGAACUUCACUGUCAGCACCGAGGCCCUGCACACCCAGGAGCUGUGUGGCAAUGAGGUGGUUAUAGCGCCUGCCCAGGGGAGAGUGGACACUGUGAUAAAGCCCCUGCAUGUCCAGCCGGGCGGGAUCCUGGAGGAGAAGGCGCACAGCUCCCUGCUCUGCCAGGAAGAGGCCAGAAAGGGCCAACUACCUGAAGGGAAGUUCGAAGGACAAUGGAGCUAGACCGUUCUCAGUGCUGGUGGAUGAGAGAAGAAGGAGCAACGGUCUCAAGUUACAGC